CGGAUGCUCGAGGCAGUAGGAUGUUUGACCUCCGGAUAAGCGAGGCGCCGCUGUGCAUUCAUUCCCGGCUGCAUCGGUGGCGACAGCAGCGGCCCUGGAGGCGAUUCUUCGGCCAGAGGCGGCGGUAGGAGGCACCGGCAGCAGUGCAGGGACGAGUCCGAGCCGAGCUGCGUUACCUCCCUCGCUCGUUCCUUCCCCCUACCUCGCUCGCUCCCUCCCUGCGUGGCUCGCUUUCCUUCUCCGGCCGCCGGCGGGUGUGAUGUGCCGCCGCCGCUGCCUCCGCCGCCGCUGACUGACCGAGCGGGGGGCGCCGCCCGCGCCGGGGACCGGGACCAACCCCGCUGCUCGCGGCCGCGCCUCUGAGAGCUGUCUAUUAAUAUCAGCGCACAUCAUUGAAAAGAUAAUUUUGAAGACAUGUUUUGCUGAAAAGACAACUGAGGAAAAUUUUACGAAUGGGAUGAACACGCGCCAUUUAAUUGACUACCUACUGCAAUUUGAAUGUUAACGUUACCCGGCUGGUACAGUUACCUAGUGAUGUACCUAUUCUCACAAUACCCAAUUUCAGUGUGCUUGUCUUGAUUAAAGAAUUCAAAGUGGAGUACCGCAAACUUGAUAUGGAUAAUAAAAAGAAAGACAAGGACAAAUCAGAUGAUAGAAUGGCACGACCUAGUGGUCGGUCGGGACACAACACUCGAGGAACUGGGUCUUCAUCCUCUGGGGUUUUAAUGGUUGGACCUAACUUUAGAGUUGGAAAAAAAAUUGGAUGUGGCAAUUUUGGAGAAUUACGAUUAGGGAAAAAUUUAUACACAAAUGAAUAUGUGGCAAUUAAACUGGAGCCCAUGAAAUCCAGAGCACCACAGCUGCAUUUGGAAUAUAGAUUCUACAAGCAGUUAGGAUCUGGAGAUGGUAUACCUCAAGUUUACUAUUUUGGCCCUUGUGGUAAAUACAACGCUAUGGUGCUGGAACUGCUGGGACCUAGUUUGGAAGAUUUGUUUGACUUGUGUGACAGAACAUUUUCUCUUAAAACAGUUCUCAUGAUAGCUAUCCAAUUGAUUUCUCGCAUGGAAUAUGUCCAUUCAAAGAACUUGAUAUACAGAGAUGUAAAACCUGAGAACUUCUUAAUAGGACGACCAGGAAAUAAAACCCAGCAAGUUAUUCAUAUUAUAGAUUUUGGUUUGGCAAAGGAAUAUAUUGAUCCAGAGACAAAGAAACACAUACCAUACAGAGAACACAAGAGCCUUACCGGAACAGCUAGAUAUAUGAGCAUAAACACACAUUUAGGAAAAGAACAAAGUAGAAGAGAUGACUUAGAAGCUUUAGGUCAUAUGUUCAUGUAUUUUUUGAGAGGCAGUCUUCCUUGGCAAGGUUUAAAGGCUGACACAUUAAAAGAGAGGUAUCAGAAAAUUGGAGAUACAAAACGAGCCACCCCAAUAGAAGUGUUAUGUGAAAAUUUUCCUGAAGAAAUGGCAACGUAUCUUCGUUAUGUAAGAAGGCUAGAUUUUUUUGAAAAACCUGACUAUGACUACCUAAGAAAGCUUUUUACUGACUUGUUUGAUCGAAAGGGAUAUAUGUUUGAUUAUGAAUAUGACUGGAUUGGUAAACAGUUGCCUACGCCAGUGGGGGCAGUUCAGCAAGAUCCUGCACUAUCGUCAAACAGAGAAGCACAUCAACAUAGAGAUAAGAUGCAACAAUCCAAAAACCAGUCGGCAGACCACAGGGCAGCUUGGGACUCCCAGCAGGCAAAUCCCCACCAUUUGAGAGCUCACCUUGCAGCAGACAGACAUGGUGGCUCGGUACAGGUUGUAAGUUCUACAAAUGGAGAGUUAAACACAGAUGACCCUACUGCAGGACGUUCAAAUGCACCCAUCACAGCCCCUACAGAAGUAGAAGUGAUGGAUGAAACUAACUGCCAGAAAGUGUUGAACAUGUGGUGCUGCUGUUUUUUCAAACGAAGGAAAAGGAAAACCAUACAGCGCCACAAAUGACUCUGGACACAGACAGAUCAUGGGGAGUUACUUAUGUGUUCAUCUGCUGUCUUGUGACUAAAAUCAUCUCUGUAGUGACCACAUGUAUUUUCAAGGACUCACUCUUAGAAAAAUGUCGUACUUUCAUACUUCAUUUUGUGGUUGUCUUACGUUCAUUUUUUUUCUAAUUUAACUUUUAUGGAAGCUUUAAAGUUUUGUCAAAACAUGAGUGCUUUGCCCAUCAGUGAAUGGAAUGGACCAAUGAGGUAGUAUUGAUGAAAACAGUUCUAUAGAACAUUUUUCAGAAGCUCUCCUCUUGUUGUAGAAAGCAGUACAGUAUCUUAAAUGUCAGCCAGUCACAUACCUACCCUGGUUUUUUAUAACAAAUGUAAGAGCAUAAUCAAAUAGGAAUUUUCUCCCCAAUGGAUAACGCAACAGAGAAAACAGAGUUGCCCAAAUAUUUGAAAGCAGUUAUUCCUUAAGAAGUUCAUUUUUGGCAUGACGUCUGAAUUGAUAUCAGUAUUACUGAUGGUACUGCUAUUCAUGAGUCCUAGUAACAUUCUUUCUGUGAAAUCAUGGUACAGUCACUGCCAGAGGUACUGAGGAAAAAGCUCUGUGGGUUCGGCAGAUGGUAGUGGUGAAAUGAAUCACAAGUAACGUGGUUAAUUUGAGCUCUGCUUUUGUUGCACCACUGUGUGAAGUACAGUGUUGGCUGAAGUAGCAAAAGCGCUUAUUUUAAAGUGCAAAAUAUUUGUCUAAUGUAACUUCAUGCUUCCAGAUAAUAAUGUAUGUUAGACAGCAAGACAUGAAUACUUUGAGAAAUGAGAUAUGUUGGAGUUUUUUUUUUUUAAAUACACUAAGGAGAAGAAAUAAAUGUGAAUCUCAUUGCAGUGUAGAAGGUUGAAGUCCAAGGAGAUCCCACUGAAACCCACUGCUGACUGAUUACAUUCUCCCUUAAGCAGGAAACUUAGGAUGUGCCAUGCAGUGGUGUCUGUUUAUUAAUUAUUUGCUCUUUGAUUAAAAAAAAAAAACAGAUUCCCAGCAAUAAAAACUGGGUCACUUUAUUGCCCUCUGCGCACAUUAGUCUUCUUGUAUUCGACUUUGCUGGUUCUCUGGAAUAUUCCUACAUUUUAGCAUAAUUUUGAUUAUUGAAAACUAUUUUGGAGAGGAUGGGUCAGGUGCUUUGCCUCCAUAGUCUUUUGAAGUGCCUGCAUAUGAACAAAGUAAUGGUUCUGUGAAAAAGGAAACGCAUUCCACUUUUCAAGUAUCCUUUGUUUUAAGCCAUAAAGACACAGGUGUACUUUUGUCACAUUCUUCCAGCCAGAAUUUUCAAGAAGAGUUCAAACAAAAAGACUGACUAGAAAGAGAAUUAUGUUGUUCCAAAUCUCAUAUUCACCUUUCAUUUAUAAACUUGUUACUUACUCCUUCCACGCAGCCCUUCUUUGUCUUUAAGUGUGUGCCUUCCGGCAUGCUUAUUUAUUUUUUUUUUUUGUCUCAAGGUAACAUUUAAAAUGUGUAAUUAAAGUAAAUAAAUCUACAUUUUUGACUUCAUUAUUGCAUUUACAGGGAUUUAAUUGUACUUUGUAAUUUAUUUUUCUUACUAGUUAAAAGUUCAAUGCAUUGUUUUUGAUGAAUUAGGCACCGAUAUGAAUACCACAAAUCGGACAAUGUUUAGCAUUGUUGCUCUGAAACCUAUGAAUGAUCUUUUUUAAGUUCUUGAUUUUAAAGACCUACACUCAGCCUAGAAAACAUUUGCUGUAUAAUUUGGUCAACAGUUUCCAUCCUAUCUAUUAGUAUACUGUCAUGCUGUCUUAAACUACAGGAGUCACAUACUAAGUUGUUAUUUUUGUUUGCGUUGAGCAAGGUAGAUGGAUGUUUUGGCCAUUAUAAUGUGAAACCACUUCUUUCUUUACAGUAUUUGACCAAAUCUGUGUGUCUAUGAUAUUUGUAAAUACAUGCGAUAUCUGUAUUUCUUAUAAGCCUAUUUAGUUUUAUUCUCAGUAGGGUUUUUGGACUGUACAGUGUUUAUAUGAUCUGAACUCCUUAUACAUAAGAAGGUGUGUAUAUUAAUUCAAUUAUGGACUUAAAAUAUUUUAAAAGUAUAAAUACCCUUAUUUGCUGCAAAGACCAGUGUGUAGACAUUUGCUUUUUAGCAAUAUUUUUAAGUGCUCCAUUUUAAUGCCAAGGAAUAAAUCUUUUGGCAACACAAACUGGUCAAUAAUAGGUAAUGCAGGUAUGUUCAGGUUAAGCCAACAACGUUUUGCAUUUUUAUGCUUCUUUUCUGUCAACACUAAUGAAGUCAACAUUGCCUGAAUGUCUGAAUAAUGAAACACAUCCCUGUUUAAAAGUAUGUAACUGAAAAAAGAAAUAAAAAAUAAAGGUAGUUUUUUUAAACUUGCUCUUUCCCCUUUCCUCUAAUCAUGGGUAAAAUAAUGCCACUCACUAAUUUGAGAUACAUAGGAAUCUUUAAAAUUCAGUUCAUUUAGUUUAUAUAUGGGAGAAGCAGAGCAAGAGGAAUAUGCUUUUGUUUUUUGGUUUUGUUUUGUUGGAACCCCCUUGUGACGAGCACAUACCAGGAAGUAUCUAAGCUUUCCUUAAUGAAAGUUAAAAAAAUUUUUUUACACCUCUAUGAACUACUUAAUGGAGCAGUUAAUUAAAAUGAAUGCUAAUAAACCAAGGAAAAUACACAGAACCAUUUUAUUCCUUUAUAGGAAUGAAGUCAUACUAUUAAGUUCACAGAAAUGACAUUACUAAUCCAAUUUUAUGUGAAUGACUUUAUCACUGCAGAUGGAGAACAUGUAUCUGUCACAGUAUCUCAGUUUAUCAUUGUUUUGGGUACUUUAAGGGGUUUACAAAGUGGUAUUAGUGGUGCUCUGUUUACUGAAAGAUGCUACAGAUAAGAUAGGGCAAAGCAACACACAUUAAGCACCAGCAUUCAGAAACAGUGGAAAGAUCUGGAGGUGAAACAACAAUUAAAAGGCCCUGUCUAGAAAAACCUGAUUUGAGAUUGGGGUUCAAUCUGAAUGAAUGUAUUAGUCAGUACCCUUUGAAUUGCACAUGAUAGAAACCUCUCUUGCCUGAAGCAGUAGCGUUGUACAUUAUCACGUUUAGAAAAGUCCGGUGGUAGAGCUGGCUUCCGACAUAUUUGGUCCUGAUGCAAAGUCAGGAAUCUGUUUCUGUAUCUCUGUUUUGCUUUCUACCCUGCUGUUUUCAUUAUCAGGGAGAUUUUUCAUGUGUCAUGGUAAAGUAGCCACCCAGCUUUAGACUUCUACCCUCUUAGUAACAUCAGGCAAACCAAAGGGCAAUUUCUCUUUAACAGUUCCAACAAAAUCCUAAGACUGACAUUUCUUUAUUGGUUCACAUGUCCACCCCUGAGCCAAUUACUAUAGCCAAGGGAAUGUUGUUCUCCUAUCUUCAGAAGACACAUGGGCUGAGAAAUAAAGUAGGAGGGUUACCCAAAAGGAAAUGAGGGUAUUGUUAUCAGAAGAGUGAAUGGAUACUGCACAGGCAAAAGCAAUAGAUAACUGCUAUCGUGAUGAGAAAAAACAAUACUCAUAACUUAGAGACAAACCUAAUUGUUUUAAAUUAGAAAACAUUAUUAUUGGGACUUUUAUUCUGAAUAUAUUAUUAGAAAUCACUUAUAGUGACUGAGUACAUUUGAAAAAUGUUUUGGACUCAGGUAAAAAUGAAGGUCAUAAGUACCUUAUUUGACAUGCUUUUGUUUAGUUUUUAAGGUUUUUGUGACAAUUGGAUUAGUACAGUUAACUAAUUUUUUACUAGAGUACAAGUAAAUGGAAUUCGAAGCUUUGCUGAUGUUCAGGGUAACUAGUUCCUUGUCUGCCCAGCUCUAAGACAGACCCACAUGUUACUUUCUUAGGAAGUUUACCUCAUAGCACUACAUGGAUCAUAACCAAGGAAAGGAAUACAUAUAGAAAAAUUUUCAGGUAAUAUUGCUGGGAUAUCAAAAUGAUUUUGUUAGAACAGUUGUUUUACAGGGAUGUUUACCCUUCUGUGAUUUUACUUAAAUGGAAAAACACUCCUGUACUGCUCUAGAAUUGGGGUUGGCAAAUCCUUGUGGUAAAGUUUAGACUCUGAGCCAAGAGGCAAAAUCGAGGUUUUUAUAUACUUGUUAAUGAGAAAGAAAACAAAUUUCCUGUAAUUUUUUUAGUGAUGAAAUUCAAAAUAUGUAUUAGCACUAACCUAUAAGUUUUUUUGGAAUACAGGUCUGCUAAUGAUAAAAAUUGAAUUAUUUUGAGGGGAUAGUAUUUCACUUAGUUGAAGUUCAAAAUUGAUUGCAAAUGUAUGUCUGUUAUGCCUACUUUGAGAUGUUUUUAUGCAUUUCAUCUUUGUAAAUGUCCUCACGCAGAUCGAUACUAGUAAAUAUUAUCAUCAAUCCUCAAGUGGAUGAUUUUAAGUGAGCAUAGUAAUAAUUUGGAAGGUAUUUAUAGAAUUUCAUUAGAUAUUUACCUUUUGGCAUAUCCUGCAGAUUAAUCACUACCUAUUGAAGGUUAGGUAGAUGCUCCUCAGAUUUUGAAAUAUGGAAUUUCCUUUGCAUUUGCAUUGAGAUCCAAAAGUACAGCUGGAAUUGUAGUUGAGUUUGGAAAGUAUAUCCACUGCACAUUUGUGAGGGAAAAUGGGAAUGCUCAUUUUAACUUGAAAGCAUGGGAAGUACAUAAAGUAGCUUGACAUUACUUGUGACUUAAACAGCAUUAGUUGUCAUUAUAAUAACUUCAUUGCAAUAUAAAUUUCACAUAUAAGUGCUGUUUUGCAAUUUGAAGUUGAAUUUAUUAAGAAACAUUAUCAGCUCUACAACAAAAGCUAAUUUCCAAAGCCAUUCAGUUUUCAUUAAAAAUAGGUGAGGGUGAUUCUCAUUUAGAAAAAUUUCAGUCUUGUUCCUGAGCUGAAAAAAUUGCAAUAAAACUUAUCACUGCCAUCAAACUGCUGUGUUGGGCUAGUCAGGAUAUUCAGUUUCUAGUUCUGACAAAACUUAAUGAAUGAGAAGGUGAUGAUGGUCAAGACCACAAGAGUGAAUGAAAUUCACCAUCAACUUUACUAGUUCAAUAACAUGACAGAUUCAAGUAUCUUCCACAAACUACCUGCUGAUGAAUAAUAUAAAGUGUAAACAUUGAUUUAAUUGUCUUACAUUUUCACAAGUUUUGUAAAUUUGCCCAGUAAAUCUAUUUUUGCUCCACACAUUUUAAUCAUCAGUUAUAACACAGUAGAUUCCACUUCAUUUUGCACUGACUGAAUUGGUGUUCUCUCAGAUUCUUUAAAAAGAUGCUUUCUGUAGUCCUUCCAUGGAGACUAUUCACAGAGGCUAAUUCUUGAGUCACUUUAAACUCAGCAUUGACUUCUCUAGGAAACAACAACUGGGCAGUACAAGUAAUGUCACCCUAAAAAUAAAAGGCCUUUCAAACUGAGAGGCAACAAGCAUUUGUUGAGAUCAAUAAGAAUAGCUAUUCGAGAAUUACUAAUUCAUGCAGAAGCCCAAAUAACGAUUCCAAUUAGGAGACGAAGGCAAUGUAUAUUUAUGAGAAAGGGAAAGGGAACAAUUACAUCAGUAGAAGGAAGGCAUUUCUAUUGGUGCAAAUAACAGUGAUAUUAGUUCUAAACAAUGUUUUCAAUGAAAUUUCAGUCCAGUAGUCAAAAGAACUACUGUUUUGUUAUCUCUGUAGUUUUCUGGGACACAAGGUUGCUUAGGCCCAGCCCAAAGAUUAUUUCGCCAUUUUAACAUUCCAAAGAUUUGAAGCAUAAGACAUACAAGGCAGUUCCUGUGGUAUGGCAGCUCCAGCUUCAUUUUAAAGUGGCUCCAUUUAUUUUGUUCUUUACAUUUAUAUCUAUCGACUCAUCGAAAGCCACGGAAAACUACUUGAAAUCCUUUGCCUUGUUUUUUAGUUGACCGACUAUUAGUGUCUUCAAGUCUUCAAGUAAUUGUCCUUACUAAAAAGCUAGUAGUCUUAAAAGUUUAUUUUCGCUGCAUACACUUUCUGACUGUUGCAACCAAAUACAAUUUAAUUAACUUUCACUCACUGUCAUAAAUCUUUCUUUGACUAACUUGGAAACUUUGGUUGUACUCUUGUUCUCAUAUUUUUGUGUGUGAAUAAAUUCUAUGAUGAGAUACUC